AUGGAGAACCUACGUGAUCUGCGGGUGUCUUUGCUCGCGGGCACGGUUGCCGAACUGGAACUCGCGGCCAAUCAGCAUGACGGGCAUAGCCCUGCAGUCCAUAGCGUGGAGCACGUGCCGGUUGCGUUCCCAACUGACAAGUGUGCUGAACUGCCUGGAUGUACGUCGCAGGAACAGAGAGCUGCGCCAGCUGACUUGAUGCACGAGAUCACGCUCAUCCUCAAUUGUCGAGCACAACUGCAACACGCAAAGCCGGGAGAGCGGGCGGCACUAUGGCGGGUCGCUAGUGAGGCCGCAGGACGCGUGUCGUGGUGCCUCAACCGUACCGAUGACUGGACCGAGGCGUUUCUCGCUCAGGUGGCACCUAUCGCACUUGAAGCCCUGGAGUUUGUGCUUGACGCAAAGCCCGCUGUCCUGGAACACGCAGACGUAAGCGAACAAGCCGCUGGCUCCGGACCAACAGCCGACCAAGAUCGAGCCUAUGUUCAGGCUGUCUGUGCGAAGCUGGUGCGGUAUCUGCCGGCGGACCGUGCGACAUGGCGUCUCGCGGCGGUGCGGCGCGCUUGUCGGCGCUGGCUGCUGCAGAGCGUUGCCAUUGAUACGCAGUCGUUGAAGCCGGCGCUGCACGAGCGUGUUGCAGAGGAAGUUUAUCAUAUCCUGGAAGACGCCCUGGCCGAACUGCUCGAGCGCGAAUCUUUCCAGCGAGCUUCUGGCGUGGAAGCGGCGCCCUCUGACCGGCGACAGCUUCCAUCAUCGCCUGUCUGGCGCCUUGUCGUUCUCUGGAUGCGGACUGCGGAUGCCAUUGUCCCGUUGGCGACGCUUGAACUACUCGCAGAGACUCUGCUGAAUCGGGAUCUUCCGGAGAGUCGGCAUGAAUCGUUGUUGACGCUGCUAAAGAUGAGCGUCUGGCAUCCGUAUGCGCGCACGGAGCCGCCGGCCACCCGCGAAAAGCUCGUCACACUCGGCACUAAGAUUCUGGAGUAUCUCCAGAGUCGGACCCAACUUGCCGGCCGGCGGCUCAUCCUGUGGACGACAUGUCUCGUGUCGAUCAUGGAGCGCUCGGAGCACGUCUGGGUCGAUGGACGGCCGAUGCCGGUGCAUCUGCGAGCAUCGCCCAUUGAAGGCAACGCAUCGGCUACGAAGCCGGUCCCAGCAGCGGAUGCGCUUCUCAGCCGUGCACUCGCUUGGCUGGCGCGAACGCUCUGCCGCCACCUGGGUCACCAAGACAAGAUCUCGGUGUUCAUGUCGCUUUUGGCCAGAUUGAUGCAGUUCACAGAGCCAGAUCGAAAUGCAGAACUCAUCCAGGAGUUUCUCGAACCAGCUCUGGAGCCAUUAUGGCCGUUCUUGAAGCAGCCGCUGCGAGCGCUUGUGGCGACACAUGCACGCGUCCAUGCAGCAGGGUCUCAGAGGAUGCGUCCCGGCGCCGAGCAGAGACUCGAUGAACACCAGCAGGUACGGCGCUGUGGCACGAUGACCUCGGCGCUGACUGGGAAUCGCCGAUUCGAUGCAGCGGGGCGCCUCUCGAAACGGACACUAUACAGGGCACACGAAUCGACGCCGCUGCGUGCCGAUGCAUGCAUCCAGGCGGACACGUGUCCCUGGUUACCAUGCAUGCAUCUGGUGGUGGCGCAUCUGCUGACACGCUACGAUGCGUGCGUCUGCGCGGGGCACGCACGGCCGCAAAGCGCGCGUGCGCUGCGAUCGCUCCUUGUGAUGGCGGUGCGCGCACUCGGUACUGCAGCCUUUCUGGCGCAUCACGGAGAUUGCCGUUCCUUCUUUCCCUGGCUGUUACCGAUUUUGCGCCACUCAUUGGAGUCGUCACAUCUCGGAGCGUACGUAGAAUGGGCGGAACGCUGGGAUAGCCAACUGCGCGCGGAGCGCUUUGGUGCGGAAUCAGCGGAUGACGCUGCGCAGGUCGACGCUCUGCGGUAUGAUUUAUGGUUGAUCGGGCCGGCAGUCUGUCGUGGGGCGCGAGAGCUUUGGGAGCCCGGGCACGAUGCAUUGUGGGGCACGAUUUUGGAGCGUCUGCGUGAAUGGUUGGUCACUGCAGAUGAUGGAACUGCUGGGAUGCAGCAGGCCGCGGCGGACGAGACAGCAUCGCCAUGGGCUUUGCUUGCUUGCCAGUACAUGGUUGCGCUGGGCGAGAACGUGCCGGCGCUGGUGCAGUCAACGAACGAUGCUGCACCACACACAGCAGUUCAGGCGCCUGCGUUUCGGCCGACUGUCGAGGCGCUCCUGCGCGCGCAGUUCGAGCGCGCCUGUGCGGCGUCAGUAGAUCGACGCGCCCCAUAUUUGGCAGCAAUACGAUCGACGAGCUUGCGUUUAGCGGACGAUGCGACACGUCGUCUGUACUUUCACCAGGCUUUGGAGCGUCUGGCGCAGCUCAGUUCUCAGCCUGCAGCCGGGCCGAACGCCGAAGCGAUUGCGCUGUUGCUUGAAAUCACAACCGCACUGGUCGACUCCGAGACUGCUCCGCUGCUCUUCGAUGCCGUGAGGGGCGCUCUUGGCGCACCUGCCCCUAUGCAGGUCCAGAAACGAGCGUACCGAGCACUGCUGCAGGCCAUGAAUCUGACAGUGUCCCUGGAACAGGUCGUGAUGGCGCUUGCUGCCGCAUAUCGUCAGUCGCACAGCGCAGCCGAAGCGGUUCGUCUCGCUUGUAUUCAUCGGUACUUUCAGCGAAGCAUGAACGCCGCAUCUGCGUCGGACGUAAUGGAAGCUCCCAGUCCAGUAGCCGAAGCCGAAACGACGCUGCUGUAUGAGGUCGUGUUCGGUCUACGCGCAGCAUCCAGCCGCGCUCGGGCGUCUGCACGGACGACGUUGCUCCUUCUAGUGGACAGGCGAGUGCAGCAAGAGCAUCCGCGACCGUCCCAGCGCCUCGUUGCGCUGUUCUUAGCCGGUCUGCUGGCGGAUCGAACGUCGGCAAUUGCCGCCUGCCUCGACGCAUGCUCGUUGACAACGAAACGCGUUUACCACGCGCUCCGUGACCAAAAACGCCAACCACAGGUGCAACAGUCGGCACUGGUCCGCGAUCUCGAGCGAGCAUUCUGGGAGCCGCUGCGCGCACUCCUGCACCGCGAACAGACACCGAUCGUAACCAAAGCGCUGCUGCGCGCAUGGAAGCAUUUUAUCCCUUUCUGGUUUCAACUAGUCAAAGCACGGUCUAGCGCGCAUGGAUCCGCUCCGAAUGGCGCACUGGAACAAGCCAGCAUUGAACCGUUACUGCGAAGCGUGGUGCAGGCGCUUGACCGCCUCCUGGCUCGGGGCACGAUCCAUACGCGUACCGCCAGCGAGAUACGAGGUCUGGUGAUGCGCAUGGCAAGGCGCUGCCCUGAUUCCCUGCUCGAAUCGCUCUGUCGAAGCGCAGCACUGAAAGCAGUGCUGCAGUCCGCCAGGAAACGCCUGCGCCAUUGGCAACGACAGAACGCGUCGCGUCAGCAGUCCAUGAUUGGCGGCAUCAGCAACAACGACGACGACACCGACAACGACAACACCGCUGCCCUGCUCGUUUCCAUGAUGCCCUCGCAGCCGAAUGGAGCAGCAACCCUGGUGGAUAGACGCGAUACCGUGCGCGAUCAAUGGCAUGCGUCAGCGUCAACCAGAUUGGAUCGGGUAAGGCGCAUCCGCGGCACGCAGCAGCCGCUGCCGCGAAUGGACGCAGCGCACCCGUGUAGGCGACACGCUGCGCGGGCACUGGAGCAGCACCCCGAUGCCGCUACACGGAGACGCGGCGCUGCCGCAGAGCGCCCGGCGCAUGCGCUGUCCAAGCGAUCGAUGGCACGCAGCGGCAGCGUCACGGCCGCUGAUGCCUCGAGCGAUGCUUCCGAACUGUCCAUGUUCUGGGAUGAUGGCGGCCGCCUGCACGUGCAGCCGAUCGACCCGGGAAUCGGCGAUGGCGAUCGAGGCGCGAUGCCUGCCGCCCGCGCGCCAGUCGCCUCUGCGCGCGUGCCGCACGCCGGUGUCAGCAGCAGCAGUAGCAGGAGCAGCAGCAACGCCGCCGCCGCCGCCGCCGCCGCCGCUAGCGACGAUGACCCCGAUGACGCUGGUGCGAUGCGCGCCACGAUUGCGACUGCGCCAGCAGCAGGGCGGCGUUCGUUGGCGCGCUCGCGGCGCCCGGCAUCAUCGGGGUCGUGGGUGCGCUUUCGGGCGCGCGGUGCACGCGGCGAUCGACCCCGUGCCGUCCGACGUGACGACGGGAGGCGCGUCCUACUGGAGCCGUACGCCUACGUGCCCCUGGUCGGUGACCGGCGUCCUGGGGCGAAACGAAAGCCGGUGGACAGCGAGCGCCAUGCGAUCGGUGUGCUGCGCGAGCUGGUGCGUCCGUCGCGGGAGCGCGUGUUCAAGGUGAAACGUCAGCGUGCAGGUUGA